AUGGCUUCGCUUCUUGGUUUCGUUGCCCGAAAUUGGCAGAUGUCAUCUCCCUCAGAGGUUCCAAAGGCACCUAAUGCUCUGAAGUUUGGCAUUCUUGGUGCUGCUAACAUUGCGAAAAGCGUCUUGAUCAACCCGGCGAAAACACACCCUGAGGUGAAGGUCCAGGCUGUUGCCGCUCGUGACAAGCACAGGGCAGUGGCGUAUGCCAAUAAACACGGCAUAACUCAGGUGCAUGAGAGUUAUGAUGCGAUCCUCGAUGACCCAUCCAUCGACGCUGUUUAUAUCCCGCUUCCCUCUAGCUUGCAUUGUGAGUGGGUUUUGAAAGCACUAAACAAGGGAAAACAUGUUCUCGUGGAAAAGCCUGCUGUUGUCAAUGCCAUUGAGGCCGAGGCUCUAUUCCAGUCACCAGUGCUUCAAAAACCCAACGCUCCAAUCCUACUCGAAGCAAUGCACCAUCGUUUCCAGCCAUCAUGGCAAUACUUCCUUUCCUUGGUCGAUCGGUCGAGCCUAGACCGCGUGGUCUCUAUUGGCAAGCUUCCAUCGUAUAUCAUCCCAAAGACCAGCGUUCAGCUUGGGUAUGAAACCGGUGGUGGCAAUCUACUCAACCUAGGAACAUACGGGAUGUGCGUCUUGCGGGAGAUUAUAGGUGCUGAACCUGAAGAGUGUACCAAAUGCACCAUUCGAAAAGCACCGCUCAAUGGACUCUGUGAUGAGGCGGCUGAAGCCAACUUCCGGUUCCCGCAUGGCGUUGUUGGCGAGAUCGUAACGGAUAUGCGUGCAAGUGUUUUCAUCCUCCCGACAUUCAUAGCCUCGGUUGUUCACAAGGAGGUGCCGGUAGAAGAUGACAGACUUUGCCGUGGUCAGAAGAAAUUUCACAUUCGCAAAGUUACUCUAAACAAUUUCCUGAUGGCAGCGGCCUGGCAUCGUAUCGAUAUCGAAGAUGAGUUUAUCAUCAAGAAGGUCGAUGGAGAAACCAAGGGAGUCAUCAAACGAUGGACGAAGAAAGAGUCUCGAAAGAUAUAUACGUUCAAAGAUGCUGGACUCGAUCAACCUGGAGAGCCAUUUUGGAGCUCAUGGCGCCAUCAACUCGAGCAGUUCGUCAACCGUGCUCGGGGUAGGGAGGGCUCCGGCCUCUGGUUCAGCAACGAGGAUAGUCUUAAGCAGGCGAAAAUAAUUGACAUGGCAUACGAGGAAGCGGGAUUACCCUUGAGGCCUACUGGAGGCUUUCCCCAUCGGCAUGCAUCUGCAUAA